UAUUUGCACAAAAAUAAACACUUGUAGCCACUAGUGCGCUGUCUUUGGCUAAUGAAAAAAUACGGACUUACUGUUCCAUGUGUCCCAUCAACCUCGACUGCAGGAUUAUUAUCAUCAGUCCGGUUGGUUGUGGCUGUCCUCUCCUGUGCCUCUGGUAAACGCUGGCCAGACGAUCCGACCUCCUCGGUUUCUUGAACUUGGAGAAGAUGGUGCGCGUGCGUUCGCUUUACGUGAUAGUAGAAGGAGUUAUACACCUGGUACUCACUCGAGCAGCCAUCAAUCCCACACACUACGCGAAAGUCCGGGCUGCGACUGUGCAUGGUAUUAAUGUGACUCAACAACUGUUUUAGAGUCAGCGCCACAAAUAUGUAACACAAGAAACAACGCCAAAUCAUGUUGGACAAAAAGAGGAUUCGAAAAGACGAUAGAAAGCUAAGGAUGCGCUGCUGCGGCAAUUCUGACGGCCGUAAUCCAGUCGUUGCUAUGGUAACUCCCGCCGGCACCACUUUGCAGCAGGUCAACCGAGGUCAACCAUGGAUUUACGGCUAUGUGCGUCACCUUACCUGCGCGCCAUUUACGCUGUAUCGACGUCCACUAAUUUGAACCGUUGGAACCAGAAACACUUAAUUGGAUGAGUGUCUCCUCAAAGAACUUGUGCGCAAGUUAAACUUAGCUAAGCGAACCAGCUAGCUUAACCAUUAGCAUGGAGGGACUGGAUGAUGUCACCGCAUCAGUUUUAAGAGCUGCAAACAUCAGCGAGGAAAUGCUGAGCACCUUGUCUCGAGAAGACUUGCGGGAUCUUUUUCCAGGCCCAGAGAACUUUUUUCGGAGAAAAGCAGUGUGGAGUUUGUGUCAUGAUGUGUCAGAGGAUCAAACUGUCCAAGAACACUCUGGAAAUUCCUCGAUUAAUGAUUCACCAAUGCAAAAAACAUUGACUCCUUUAAAAUCAAAGCCUGCAAAGUACACAACCCCUGAAAAAGUUGUGAAGUUAUCAUUCCCGGAAUAUGUGUUGCACACCGACACUGAACUUGAGCAAGUCCGAAAACAGUACUUCGAGUUGUCUAAAACGGGCUUAGAAAGCACCUGCCAUAUGUCAAAGGAACUCAGAUGCAGACUCAUCCGAAACACCAUGACCAGUAUGAUGGCAAUUCUGAGGGCAAGAGGGGAUGAAGGAUCAGACAGAUACCCAUCAAAACCAGAAAUUACAGCAAUGGCAAAAAUAAUAGUACAAUAUUACCCAAUGCUGCAGGAUAAAGGCCUGAAGAAUACAUGGGUCACUGUGUUUACACAGCUGUACAAACGACUGCAAAAUGUGAGAUCUCCCCAAAAACGCAAAAAAGAUGGGAGUCAUUCAAAGAGCUCUACAAAGAGGCGUCAUCUUGAACACCCAGAUGACACUGAUGAAAUUGAUUCAAACAACUCAACAGUGAUUCUGGAUCUCUCCACGGAGGGAGAGACAAACCCCCAAUUGCUGCUUGAAGAAGUGACCCGUCUUCCCUCCAGUCCUGAAUCUAACAAGCCUGCUGAUAGUGCCAGUCCAGAUGCGGCCAGUCAAGCAACCUUGGCCAAGCACUACAAGGCCCUACAGGCUUUGUUUAAAAGAAAAAAUCCAAACUACCAGGAUGUUUCUCAUCUUCUGGAUUUGGAAUUUGCAGCCAGAAGAUUAUUCAUUGACUCGGAUACCAUUCGUGAGGAGGACAUACCGGAAAAGAUUCUCGAAGCUUAUCCCUGUUUUAAGGACAUUGGACAUGUGAUGGACGAGCUUCGACGCAUUUUGGACAUGAGAAACUGCAACUUCAUCAGUGAAUUAAAGGAAAGAUGGCAUGACUUCUGCCAGAAGGUGCAGUUUUUUGGUGUGUCCAAAAACAUGCUGAAACCACCAAUGGGAAUAGACAAAGUGCAACAGGCUGUCGAAAUUCUGCGUGUGCUGCCAUCACUGUUCCCCUCCAUGUCUGGUCUGCCGAAGAAAGUCAGAGAUCUAAGUCAGGCUCUGGUGCAUGUCCUUGAGGAAAAAGAAGACCCCAAUUCCUACUUGAGGAAGCGCCCUCUCACAUGCCCGGUCCUGAUUGUUAGUUCGUCCAACUGCCUUCUAGCGGUAGGAAAUGUGCCGAUAACUACCUUUCCCAAGGACAAGGUCACCGAGGGUGCUUUAUACCUGAUGGCAUACUAUUACACCCUACAACUUACAUACCCAAAGUGUGUCAAAACUCUGAUAUCACUCAUACAAACAGAGGUCCUACUGGACAACAUUCAUGAGAGUGAUCUCACAUCAUCGUACAAAAAAAGCAUGGCUGAGUGGAAGGCUUUUAUUGGCCAGUAGGCUUGUGGUAUGCAAAAUAGCACCCACUUCUUCUCCGAGGCUGCUAUCCACAUACAAUGGUGGACAAGUUGGUCAUAUGUUAAGUUUGUGAGACCUUUUCAAUGUUAAGCACUUGGCAAAUGUUAUGGGCUGAGCAAGUGUUUGUGUGAUUUGUAUAUUUUAUUUGUUUUGAAAAUAUUUUUUGUGUUAUACUGUUGUGCAUACAGUGAGCCGUAAAGAGCUCCCCCCACAAAAAGCAUGCCAGUGCAAACAUUUAUUGACGAAUAAACGUUGAAUGCGAGACUAA